ACUCACCCUCACCCUCAAACCCAUGAACCCGCCGCCUCCACCACCAAAGUCCCUACCCUCCACACAGUCCAACCCUUAAAACGCUCCACCUCCUACCACCCCGCUCAAGACGACGAGCACAUCGCAUCUAGCAAGGCCAGCGAAUCCCGCGGCAGCGAUCACAUGGUGAAAGCCGCUCUGAUGGAGCUUCUAAACGAUGAUGGAGUCAGGGCCAAUGCGCGAGGAAGCAGAUCGGUCCAGAACCUGCUCAUGGAUACGGAGAAAGCGCUGAGGAAGCAGCGCAGGGAGUCGCUUUCUAGCCGCGCCUCGAUUUCGAUUCCGAAGUGA